GAACACACUGCACCAUUGGCCAUUCACAUGGCAACUUUUGGAGAGCUGCAGGGAACUCGCGGACCUGCAUAACCUCUCGACGGCCCUUCUCCUCCCCUUCAUCUCUUAAUUUCGGGUUCUGGCCCCUCCCUGCCCCUCACCACCCACCGUCCAAUGUUCAAUGUCACUGGCUCGACGUCGGCCAACCCUUCAGCGUCAAGUUUCGCAUCAACUGAUAACUUGUUUCAGCCCGCUACCGCGAUUCCCCCGAGACCUUCUACACGUAUACCGUUCGCUCAUUCGUUGGAUCCGAGGCGUCCUCAGAUGAACCCAUCUCAACGGCCCGGGCUUUACUGCUGCUUCGGCCUCUGUAUAAGAAGAAUCGAGGGGGCUCUUGCAAAACGAUCAUCUCCCGCGGUGCAGCUGACGCUCUCGGGCCUCCCGAUUUUCCCCUCCCGUCCCUCAUCCUCUGCUCUGUCAGCCUCCUUCGCCCUCCAUGCCUCUCCAUGCAAGUGCGAAUCCAGGACCUAAGUUCCGCUGCCGUAGGGGCUUCUAGCGUCUGUGAGACAUGUAGCUGUUUCGCGCAGACACUGACGCACGGAUGGAUC